AUGAUUCCAUCAACAUCCAAUCAACCUUAUCGAAGUGAUUGGUAUUCAUUCUUUCUCUUGUCCACCAGAUCUCAAAAGGCACAAGGCAUCAUGCGGUGUAUAUCUAUUCUUCUAUGCGCUGGGUCUAUUCCAGCGAUAAAUGCCUUUACAGCUUCGCAAUCGGCUUCGGUUCGACAAUUCUCGCUAUUUUCACAAUCCUCGUCAUCAUCAUCUCAAAUGGUGGAUGAAUCAUCAUCAUCAUCAUCGGAAGCAUCUCCAUCGCAAGGACGCCGCGAAUUUGUGGCAUCGUCAAUAGGAUUGGCGGCUUUGGGAGCUCUUCCAACACUGUCACAAGCCGCCGAUGAGGCAAUCCCAGAAGGUGGGGGCGUCACCAUGUUCAAGACUGGGUCCGGUCUCAAGUACAUUGAAAUGGAACAGAAAGGUGACUCAUCGCGUCCUUCUCCUAAAUACGGUCAACUUGUCAUGAUCAAAUAUGAUGCUUAUAUGAAACUACCCAACAAAGGAAAGAAAGAAAAGUAUGAUUCGUCCGAUGGUUACGUCAUCAAGCAUGGAAAUGGACGCAUGAUUCCCGGUUUGGACGAAGGUUUGCACACUAUGAAGAAGGGUGAUACACGACGACUCAUCAUUCCUCCCAAACUGGGAUACAUUGAUAACAACUUGGGUCCACUUCCUGACAAUCCAUUCAAUAGGGCGAAAUUGAAUCGACUGUUGGAUCAAAUGAUUGCCCAACAGGGUGGACAAUUGGUAUUCGAUGUCACAUUGCUCAACUUUUUUGACGACGAGGCCGACCAAGGCUACUACGAGGAUGCCGAUCCAACACCACAUGAACUGGAUCAAAUUUUCAAUAGACUGGCGAAAGGAGGCGCAGGUUUGAACAUUCCACAAAUUGAGACUGAAUAG